AUGCUGGGAAAGAAAUGCAGCCUGGCUCCUCUGAAGGAAGAACUUCACAUACAAAGGGAUCCUAAAGUCACCUAUACUGAACUCUCCCAGGGUCGGACAAUGAGAUGGGCUUUGGCUUGGAGUUUUUAUGAUGACGUAACAGUACCAUCACCACCCAGUAAGCGAAGAAAACUAGAGAAGCCAAGGAAGCCCAUUACGUUUGUAGCCCUGGGGUCUGUGAUGGAAGAACUAGCCCUCCAAGCAUCAUCUCUGGGCCCUGAGACAGUGGAAGGCAUCAUGGUUGUGACAGCAUGGACUGAAAAAAUCCUCACUGACCUAAAGGUCCAGCAUAAACGAGUUCCCUGCGGAAAGGAGGAAAUCAGCCUUUUCCUAACGGCCAUAGAAAACUCCUGGAUUCACUUAAGGAGGAAGAAGAGAGACCGAGUGAGACGGCUGAGAGAAGGGCCCCUAGUGCCCAAGGACGUAGUCGAAGGCUUGGAAGAGGAAACGUCUCCCCCAGAGUCUGGAAAGAGCCAGGAUGUUGCCCAGGGCCCCCAGGAAAUUGCUGGGGGCCCUGCUCCACCGGAAGGUGUCACUGUGGGGGGCCACGGCCCCAGCCAGGACUCGCUUUUGCAGGAGGAAAACCCAGAACCCACGGAGGAUGAAAGGAGUGAGGAAAAGGGGGACAUGGAGGUUCUGGAAAGUUGUAAAGGCUCUAGCAAUGGAGCCCAGGACCACGAGGCUCCUGAGCCCUUCAGCAGCCCAGUGUCUGAAAAAGGGAACCAUCUCCAAGGAGUGGCUGGACUUUACUUAUUCAAGUGUCUGAUAAAUGUUAAGAAGGAGGUAGAUGACGCCUUAGUUGAAAUGCACUGGGUUGAGGGCCAGAACAGGGAUUUGAUGAACCAGCUUUGUACUUAUAUAUGUAACCAAACUUUCAGGCUUGUUGCUAGUUAA